UCUGCCUGUGUCUUUCUGAGUGUGGAAGUAGUCGAUGUCAGCAGCAGAAAGAGAAUAUAAGCAAAAGUUUGACAGCCCCCUAAAUAAAGCCUGGUGAAAUCGCAGGGGAUAAAACAGCAGACGGAACGAGGAUGGAGAAGAAUUCUCCAGUCAACCCCUCUGUUGCUGAGCUGACAGGCAAGUUCAAAGGUUACAACAUGUCCACGCCUACAGGAAUCGAAGAGAAGAUACCUGUCAGGAGACGCCCUCCGUGCUCCCUGCAGCUGCACAGCAAGAGGGCAGAGGGACACAAUGAAGAGGAGAAACCUGCCACUGUUUCUCCACAUCCUCCAAAAGUCAAGAUGAGGAGCUCUCCCCUCAUCGAGAAACUACAGGCCAAUCUCACAUUAGCCCCCACGGCCCUGCUACCUCCACCCAAGAGUCCAGAGGUGAAGCUGCACCCCCCGCCUCUCUCCCCUGACCAUGGUCUGAGUCCCCCUAACCAUACCCUGAGCCCCUGCAGCCCUGCCUCAAGUAGCCCCAGUCCCACCUUGAGCCCUUCACAGCACACUGAUGAGGAGGCCCCAGUCAGCUUUGAGAACCCCCCUGAGGGCACUGUUCUGCCCAGCUUCAACAAGGGUCGAGCACGUCUAUCUAUCAAGCGCCGGCUGCCCACACGACAGCACAGGAAGUCGGGUGGUAAAGAGCCAGGGGCCGAAGGAGGGAGGGCCUCCCCAUGUCCAUCGGAUUUCCAGCAUCACAGUGGGGGAGAGGAGGAAGGAUCCAAGAUGGACCACAAGGAGUCAGAGAGGGGUCAAGGAAGCUCCUCCUCCCUUCCUGAGGCUAAGAGGCAGGCUGAAAAGAGAGACAGUAGAGGGGACAGCACUGGGACAGGACCACCAGAUGAAGCUCGAAGAAGUGCAUCUGAUGACACAGAAGAACAAGUGGCCACUACAGAAGAAAUAAAGCCACUUGGAAGUGGUUCUACUGUUGAACUACAGAGGGAGGGGGAGGGGGAGGGGAUACAAGUGAAGCCACACCCAGACGACACAACAGAUGACAGGAAUAGAGCUAGCUGGAAGGAGGAGGAGGAGAUACAGUCCCAGGAAGAGGAGGGAGGGGAAAAGAAAGGGAUCACCAGAGAGAAGGACAAACCCCCAAGAACUGGAGACUGAAGAGGAUCGUUUGGUGCUGCACAAAGAAACCAAAGACCUGUGUCAUCACUGAGCCAUUUUCACUUGCUCACUGCUUUGUACAUGAGCCAAAACAGAAAUGGGGUUAUCAUUUGGCUCUUGGCU